CAAAAGCACCCGUGCCCCCAGUUGCUGUUGCUGUACAUCGCCUUGCUGUACCAUCUGAGUGUGCUCCUUGGAUCGACGGACAAACUCCACGCAGCGACGACGCUCAUCUUCGGAAUUGCCAAUCCUAAUUAGGUUUUUUUAGUUGCUGCCCUUCGAGGAGGCGUGUGCAAGGUCACGGAGUGCUCAGGGUCACAAAGUCAUCACUCGUGCUGGUGCAGGACGGCUCCCCGCUUCUCGACUGCCCAUGCCCGAUCAUGCAAAUCCGUUCGAAGGUUCGUACGCAUUGAGCGCGACUGACCGUCCGAUCUCGUAUAUCCCGCUCAACGCCCAUUCAGGUCCCUUCUAUUGAUGCCUCCCAAAGGCUGAAGCGCUCAAGACUGAAGACCCAACAAGAACAUGAAUCCAUUCAAGGUGCGUACCCCACCUCCAUCCGAGUCACGAACUCUGCAGAGCUCCACAGCCAUAACCUGCUCACUAGACCGUCGACCUCGCUCAAGGAUCCUCCCACCAAAAAUCAAAGAUCAAAAACCACACAAACGCAUCAAACCCACAUCGUACGCAUCUUUUCAUCCUCCUCACUCAGGACCCGUCCUGAAUCCUGACCAUCGCUCAAUUCCCACUAGUCAAGGACCGCACGACGGACACGGCGGGGAUCGGGAUCAGAGGAAGAGUCUUGAUAGUGGGCAUUGUAUGGAAGAAUGAGAAUAUGAACGC